AUGGGUUUAAAUUGCAUUGGGCAGGAAACUGUCACCCACGGACUUUUUGGAGGUAUUGAAAAUACUGAACAACAUAAGCGGUAUAGUGUUAAGCUAACUAGCCUAGAUGAAAAAUUCAGCUGUGAAUUUGACGUAAUGGAUCAGAAGCAGAUUUGUGCUCCUAUUCCUAAAUUAAGUGAUUCCAACUGUAAACAUGAAUUAAAAGGUAUGGGUAUUUUUGCAAGUGAUAUCGAAAUAAAAGGGAAUUCUUGUUUAUAUGAAAAAAACCCAAAUGAAAUUCACAUACUUAUUGGGGCAGAUCUUGCAAGUACCUUGCUAACGGGGAAUAUUAAACAUCUAUCAGGAGGGUUAGUAGCUGCGAAUACGCGUCUUGGGUGGACAGUGCUGGGAAAAUCUGUACGAGAAAACGCAUUUAAUACUCCUCAGUUAUUAUUAACUUUACAUGUAGAUUAUGCUAAAAUAUCGGAUCUCUGGGAGUUAGAUUCUUUAGGAAUUCACGAUAUGAGUGAAAAACAAACAAAAACAGAAACACAAGAAAUUGUUCUAAAGCAUUUCCAAGAAACAUUAACCAGAGAUCAAAGCGGUAGGUACCAGGUUUGUUUACCUUGGUUGGAGGGUCGUGUAACAUUGUCGGAUCAUAAAGAAUUGGCCAAGAAAAGGCUUAGCAAUACCGUGCAAUCGCUUAAUUGUAGUAAUAUGUUAAAGGCGUAUCAAGAUGUAUUUAAUGAGUGGGAAAAAGAAGGCAUUAUAGAGCAGGUUUUGUCAGAUCAAAGCAAUAUAAAUAAAGCAGAGUCCACUGAGCACUUCUUACCACAUAGACCAGUCAUCAAAGAGAAUUCAACGACUAAAAUUCGUCCCGUGUUUGAUGGGUCAGCUAAAACUCGUAAUUCCUUAUCGUUAAAUGAGUGUAUUGAAAAGGGGCCAAAUUUGAUAGAGCUAAUACCAUCAGUUUUAAAUCGUUUUAGAUGGGGUAAAAUCGGUGUUAUAGCCGAUAUUCGCAAAGCCUUUUUACAAAUAAGCCUGCAAGAAAGUGAUAGGAAUUUUUUGAAGUUUUUAUGGUGGAGAGACGGUGACCCUCGCAAAUUAAUUACUUACAGGCACUGUCGCGUUGUUUUUGGUGUUUCGUGCAGCCCUUUUCUGCUAGCUGCCGUUUUAAACCACCAUUUGGAAAACGUACCUGAAAACUUGAAGCAUUUGGCUAAGAAACUAAAAGACUCCAUGUACGUGGACAAUUGUGUAGCAAGCGUUGAUUCUGUUGCAGAACUAGAAUAUUUUCGAUCAGAAUCUCAAAAACUGCUAGCAUCUGCAAAAUUUGACUUGCGUGGCUGGAUAGAUAAUGCACACACUUCAGAAUAUAAA